AUGCCCAUUGUGCGUCCAACCCGCUGGGAUCACGAGACGCUGCCGUACGUGCCGGCCGGUAAUUUGCCGUGUUUGUUAUUUUAUUUGCUGCCGGGGGAUAAUGUGCCGCGGGUGGUGGUGCCGAAUGCCCGCGGGGAGUACCCGCAUCUCAUUCCCGGCAUGCCGUACAUGGAAGAACUCGCCGAUGAGGAGGCGGAAGGGGAAAUGCGAGCAGAAAAAGAAAGUGAAGAAAAUGAAAAAGUUGUUGUGAUGCGAGAUUGGGGUCGUGUAAUGCCGGUGUUGGAGUUCGCACCGCCCCCACUGCAUGAAGAUGUUGGCACGCAAGUUGGUUGGGAGGAUUUGCCCGCACCGCCACUCUCAUACCUGAGAAACUAUACAGAUCCCACACAACAACGACCAUCAUCAUCACCACCAUCACAACAUUAUCAUCAUCAUCAUCAUGAGAAGAGGAAGAAAUUUGAUGAAUAUGAGUAA